CAAACGUUCUCUCUCAGAAAAAAUUCGUCCAUCUCCUACUAGCUAUCCCCCAUCCGGAGCUUCUCUCUUUCGCAUCCUCUUCUUGGGUUACUCUUCCAUCUAUGUAGUUAAUUUUUCCAGCAAAUUAAUGUCUCUCCACCUACAUGUUUUCAGCUUUGAGCAUUAAGAAGUCAGUAAAAAGCGAAGAUCGUUAUUUGGCAUCCUCUUCUUGGGGCUACUCUUCCAUCUCUGUAGUUAAUUUUUCCAGCAAAUUAAUGUCUCUCCACCUGCAUGUUUUCAGCUUUGAGCAUUAAGAAUUCAGCUAAAAGCGAAGAUCGUUAUUUGGCUUCCUCUUCUUGGGAUACUCUUCCAUAUCUGUCGUUAAUUUUUCCAGCAAAUUAAUGUCUCUCCACCUGCAUGUUUUCAGCUUUUAGCAUUAAGAAGUCAGCUAAAAGCGGAGAUCAUUAUUUGGCUUCCUCUUCUUGGGAUACUCUUCCAUCUCUGUACUUAACUUUUCCAGCAAAUUAAUGUCUCUACAGCUGCAUGUUUUCAGCUUUGAGCAUUAAGAAGUCAGCUAAAAGCGAAGAUCGUUAUUUGGCAUCCUCUUCUUGUGUUGCGUACUCUCAAAAUCUUUGUAGUUAAUUUCCAGCAAAUUUCUCCACCCUUGCGCUUUCAGUUUUGAGCUUUGACAAGGGCUCAUAUUAUUUAAAGCAAACCGCGUCCUGAUAGUGAUGGCAUCAGCGGCAUUAUCGUACUCUAUUCUAUUUCUGAAUAUUCUACCAAAUUAAGUUUAACUGGUCUCUCUACAAAAAAACAACUACUUUUUAGCUUCGACCAUCAGUGAGAAAGAAAAAGCAGCUACCACAUAAUUAAGGAAAGCUGUUCCAUCCAAUGGAGUUCUUAUCUUAUGCUGGAGGUUUUCUUUUAUCUGAUACAUUUGACUUGCUACGUGAAAAGUUGAAUGGAUAUAUAAGUGAUCAGUUGAUUGGAUACAUAAGUGAUCAGCUACAGGAUUCAGAGGAGGAUGUACGUGCCCAGAUGGAAAGCUGGAAGACUCUUUUGUCUAAAAUCACAGUUAUACUUCAACAUGCAGAAGAAAAUCAAGGCGCCAACAUGUUUGUGAAGUCAUAUCUUGAUGAUCUCAAGGACUUGGCUUAUGAUAUGGAGGACAUACUUGAAGAAUUUGUGAUUGAUGCCAGGAGGUCCGAAUUGACUGCAGAACCUGAUGCUAGAGCCAACAAACGACAAAAAUUCCCCUCCAAUAUCAUGAAUUUAUUUACAUCUAAGGCCAAACCCAAUCAAAAGAUUGAUUCCAUGGUGAAUUAUCUGAAAGUUAGAUUGGAGCGUUUUGAAAAGGGGAUGCAUACUUUUGGCCUGUUCAAUUUGAAUAUGAAAGUUGAAGAUAGGUCCCACAAAGUAAUUGCAAAAAGACUACCAGAGCCUUCACUUCUUGAGGAUAAGGUGUUGGGUCGAGAUAGUGAUAAAGAUGCUAUUCUUCAAAGGUUGCUAGAAGAUGGAGGCAAUCUCGAACAAGACUUUGUUAUUCCUAUUGUUGGAAUGGGUGGACUAGGCAAGACAACUCUUGCUCGGCUCAUUUACAAUGAUGAAAACUUGGAAGGCAGGUUUGACUUGAAGGCAUGGGUUUGUGUUUCUGAUGAGUUUGAUGUUGCUCGAAUAACAAGAAACAUUUUAGAACAUGUUACUAAGAAAAAGCAUGAUUUUGAAAAUUUUGCUUUGCUUCAAGAGAAAUUGAAAGUGGAGUUAUCUGGGCACAAGUUUCUUCUUGUAUUAGAUGAUGUUUGGAAUAAGGAAUAUGGCCAAUGGGAUGUCUUGAAGAGACCUUUUAUGUCAAGAGCUCUUGGAAGUAGAAUAAUUGUCACAACUCGAAAUAAGGAUGUUGGGAAGAUAAUGAGAGGAGAUGGUGGAGUUUACAAUUUAGAAUUACUACAAGAUGAUGCUUGCUUGCCAUUAUUUACACGACAUGCACUGGGGACAGAGAAUUUUGAUGCCCACCCAAACCUACAAGAUGUUGGUGAGAAGCUUGUUAAGAGGUGCAAAAGAUUGCCACUGGCACUAAAAACACUCGGUGGCGUCUUGCGGGGAAAACUGUGUCGUGAUGAGUGGGAAAAUAUAUUAAAUAGUGAGAUAUGGAGUUCAUCAGAAGAUCAAAGUGGAAUUCUUCCUGCUCUGAGAUUGAGCUACAAUCAUCUUUCUUCUCACUUGAAGCGAUGCUUUGCCUAUUGUGCUUUGUUCCCUAAAGACUAUGAAUUUGACAAAGAGAAGUUGGUUCUAUUAUGGAUGGCUGAGGGCUUGUUACAGCAACAGUCACAUGGAAAAAAGCAAAUGGAAGAGGAGAUUGGUCAUCAAUAUUUCCAAGAGUUGCUAUCAAGAUCACUCUUUCAACAAUCUAGUGGAGUUGAAUCACGGUUUGUCAUGCAUGACCUCCUAAAUGAUUUAGCUAUAGAUGUUGCUGGAGAAAUAUAUUACAAUCUUGGGCGUAGUAUGGAUGAUGAAAAAUUAGAGAAGGCUCGUCAUUUGUCAUUCACUCCACACAGUUACAGUCCUUACUUCUAUUUGUCCAAUAAAAUCUUGCAUGAUUUCCUGCCAAAUUUGAAUUGCUUAAGAGUGUUGUCUCUCUGCCACUAUUGCAUAAGCAAGCUACCAGAUUCUUUUGAAAAUUUGAAACAUAUUCGAUAUAUUGAUUUGUCCAAUACACAAAUCAAAUGUCUAUCUGAAUCAGUGGGUUCUCUUUUUUUCCUGCAAACACUACUAUUACAUGGUUGUGAUCAGCUUACUAAGUUGCCUACAACGAUUGGGAAUCUAAUUGAUCUCCAUCAUCUUGAUAUCACUGAUACACCAUCUUUAAAAGAGAUGCCAUCAGGAAUAGGCAAUCUUAAAAAUCUUGUAACACUAUCCAAAUUUAUGGUGGGGAAGGCAAGUGGAAUGAUGAGAUUAUCUGAUCUGAAGAACUUGUCACAACUUCGAGGAAGAUUGUCUAUUCUAGAUUUGCAGAAUGAUUUGGAUGUUCAAGAUGCUAGGGAGGCCAACUUAGACAAGAUCCAUGGUUUGCAGGAGUUACUCUUGGAGUGGACUACCUCUGCUAAUGAUCAAGAUGAAUCAGUUCUUGAAAUGCAAGUCCUUAGCUGGUUAAAACCUCAUUCAAAUUUGAGAAAUCUUAAAAUUUCUUGCUAUGGUGGUGAGAAUUUCCCUCCUUGGGUUUGUGAUCCAUUAUUAUUUUUCAAUUUAUCAUCGAUGGAGCUCAGCAAUUGUGAGAAAUGCACUGUGUUACCAUCACUUGGCCUACUACCUGUUCUCAAAAAAUUGAUUAUCAAAGGCAUGGGGGCAAUAAAAGCUGUGGGUCUUGAGUUUUGUGGGCAACAUCACUCUUUUCGAUCACUGGAGGAAUUGGUGUUUCAAGACAUGUUAAAUUGGAAGAAAUGGACUUCUCCAACUGGAAGUGAAGGUGAAUUCCCUUUUCUUUGUAGGCUUGUGAUUGAAAAUUGUCCUGAGUUGUUAGGCCAAUUACCCAACAACCUUUCUUCACUUAAAGAGUUGGAAGUUAGGGACUGCAAUGCGGUGCUUUUGAAGAGUACGAGUGAUCUCAUCUCACUUGCUAAUUUGAAAAUUGUGAACAUUUCAGAACUGACUUGUUUGCCUGAGAGUUUUACACAGUUCUUGAGAACACUUGAGACUCUGGAUAUUGAAAAUUGCAAUGAUCUUACUUGUUUGUGGGAGGAAGGGACAAAAAUAGAACAAAGCCUCUUGCCUUUCAAUUUUAAACAUCUUAGCAUUGUGGACUGUGGAGCUUUGGAGUCAUUACCUGAUGCGAUGAUGGUGAGGAUGGAUGGAAGCAGUAGCAGCAACACUAGUAUGUUGAUGUCGAGACUGGAAGAGUUGGAAAUUGGCGGUUGUGAUUCUCUCAAGUCUUUUCCAAGAGGCAAAUUACCCAUCACACUCAAAUACUUGAGUAUAAAAGACUGUAAAGGUCUGGGGUCUCUACCGGAUAUUGAUGGUGACAUUAAUAAUAGCAGUCUAAAUUUGAAAAUAAAGAAUGUUCCAUGUUUGUAUUCUUCACUGCCAGCUUUUGUGAAGGAAUUUGCAGUUGGUGAUUGCGAGUGGUUGGAAUCAUUUCCAGAAAGGAUGCUACAAUAUUGUACGGGACUCCAACACAUUACAAUUGAAGAUUGUAAAAUAUUGAAAAGUUUACCCACUGUUAAUUGCGUCAGCAAUCUCCUUUAUUUAAAUAUUGACGGGUGUGAAGUUUUAGAGUCCUUACCAGACGAGUUGGGGUUAUGCACCCCCAAUCUUAAGCUUCUGGUUGUAAUUGGCUGUGAGAAUUUCAAAUCCCUCCCAAAUACGAUGUACCAGGUGGAAUCUCUUCAAAUGCUAUGGAUGACAUACUGCCCCAGCAUCGAGUUCAUUCCAGAUGGGGGUUUGCCUCCAAACUUAACAUGGCUUUCCUUACAAAGAUGUAAGAAUCUCAGGAGGGUGCCGAAUACAAUGUACCAGCUCACAUCACUUCAGAUUCUAAAAAUCCCAGGUGGGGCUUUGACGAUGGGCCUUCAAAACCUUACGUCUCUUCAAAAGUUAAAAAUUGAGCAGAAAUUCCCUCUGGAUAUUGUUCUGCCUUCUUCUUUAACCUCUCUUAAGAUCGGGGAUGAAGAAAAUCUGAAAUCCAUACCUGAGGGGCUCUUCCAAAACCUAAGCUCGCUUGAAGAGUUAUUCAUAUUUAACUGCCCGAAGCUACGAUCUUUGCCAAAGGAAGCCUUCCUUCCCUCGCUUGGAAAACUAUGCAUCAUCGGGUGUCCGCAUCUAAAACGACAACGCUUUGAGGCGAAAGGAGACUACUGGACUCUCACCCGUGGCAUCCCCAAUGUUGAAAUAGAUAAGGUUGAUGACUACAAGAGCUAGCUAACAACUAAUUGUUGAGGUAAAUAAAGCCAAGCCACUCCU